AUGCCCACUGCUGACAAGCGCAUUGUUGAAAUGUGCCUCAUAGAGAAGCCCCCCGCCCCUGAGCCUAGUACCGCCCACAACCCCGCCCCCGGUGCUAGUCUCUGUCCAUCGGCCCCGCCCUCCAGGCCUGGCCCAACCUUGUUCUUACUAAGAAAACUAGACUACCUCGGCCGCCCCGCUCCCCGCUCGUCCGCUGCUUCAGUCCCAAAUCCCCCACAUCCUCGUCUCUGCCGCCGCCAGCCCGAGACCGGAAGCGGACGUGCGGGACGGCCCGCCCGAGACCGGAAGCGGAAGCGCGGGGCGGUGUCGUGGGAGGAGCCGCGCGUAGCGCGCCGGGAAGCGAGUCUGUUCUUUACCGCGAGUCGGCGCAUUUGGCCCGGCGGGAGGGGUCGGGCUCGACAAGAAGAGCAUCUCUCAAGCUCAGAUGUGUGUUCAAACCAGCCUCAGAGUCCAUCUGUCCUCACUGAUCCGUGGGUUUCUGUGGGACUAGGAACUCUGGAGUGGCCUGGCCAGAAGGUUCUGGCUUGGAAUUUUCUGGAGGCUGCAGGAAGCUGUCAACUGGGCUACGUCAUCGGAAGGCUGGACUGGUGCCCCAGAUUCGCGCCCAUGGCUGGAAGGUCGGAUCUAGCUGUGGGCAGGAAGCUGCACCUCCUCAGCACCUAGGCCCCUGCGCAUGGCUGCCUUGGUGUCAUCCCACCAUGGCAACCGGCUUCCCCUAGAGCAGCGUCCAGAAGACAAAGACAGCAGCUGCAGUGCCUUCUCGGACUUGGCCUUGGAAAUCACCCACUGUCACCUCUGCCAGAUCUGCCAGUCACACAGGUCAGCCCUAAUUCCAUGUGUGUCGGGGGCUACGCAGGGUGCAAACACCAGGAGGCUCAGAUCCCCAAAGGCCAUUUAGGAAAUGACUCAGCACAGACAGGAAAGGUGAGGCCGUGUGAGGUUUAAAGAGAUGAGAGGAGGUCUGAGAAAUUAGAAGCCACACGGACCUGUAAGAUCCUCCUGCAGGG